CUGAGGUUAGUGGGGCUUAUCCGGGCGACCUCGGUUUUGCAUUGUCGUUCGUUUGACCGCAGACCUGUCCUGAGACCUGAGACCUUUCCGUCAACCUUGCUGAGAGAUUCGCGAACUGUGCACUGGACCCUAUCUGUCUACAGCCAUGUCGAACGCACAGGAGAAUAGCGUGGCCGAAGCCCACAAGCUCUUCUACGAGCAGGGGUUUCAGAUCCGAACCGAAGUUGCUGGCACCGAACAUGUCCAGCGCUCUCUUCAAAACAACUCGUCUGGCUUCGCUCGGCCGAUGCAAGACCUGGCUACGGAGGUGGGAUGGGGAAUGAUCUGGGCCCGGCCGGGACUUGAACGUAAGACCAGGAGCUUGCUGAAUAUCGCCAUGCUCUGUGCGUUGAACCGGAUGACUGAGCUAGCUGUGCAUGUGAGGGGUGCGGUUCACAAUGGGGCGAGCGAGGUGGAGAUUCGAGAGACUCUGAUGCAGGUUGCCAUCUAUUGCGGGUUUCCAGCAGGUCUCGAAGGGGUACGAGUUGCUGAAGGAGUAUUGAAGACUAUGCGAGAACAGAAGGAGUCUUGAGUUGGAUCGAGGAGACCGAGAGGAGGAAGGGGGAGCGAGUUGCUGCAUGCGCGAGUUGUGGGCUUGGAAACGACACCGAACAUUGCGGCAUCACCUCUCAAGCCCUGGCGUGCCUGGUUAGGUAGCCGAGCAUGUUUGGCUGCAUCAUAUCGCAGGGGAUUGAACUCCUUUGGCCACGAGAAUUGACAUUGGCUUUCGGAGGAUGAUGAGACCCGGGCCAUUGCUGGUAUUAUAGAAGAAUGGAGAAACCGCAGUUGGGAUGGCAUCCAUCUCACAAAAAGUAACAAGAUUAAAUGUC